AUGAGCUCUUCCAUAGACAACUCCUCGGUAGAGGAGAAUGCCAGUCUUCUUCAUGGCCAGUCGGUGCAUGGCAGAAAGAUCAGUUGGACGUCAGCCUACGUCCUCAUCAUCUCUCGGAUGACAGGAUCCGGGAUUUUCGCUGCACCAGGUGUGGUGGUACAGUCUGCUGGAAGUAUUGGCCUGUCUAUUUUGAUUUGGCUUGUCGGCGUGAUGCUGGCUGCGUGUGCUGCCACAGUAGCGAUGGAGUACGGGUGCAUGCUGCCCCGGAGUGGCGGCCAGAACUUAUAUUUAGAAUAUACCUAUCGGCGACCGAAAUACCUGGUGAUGAGCGUACUCUCCGUCCAAGUCUUCCUGCAAACAUUUACUGCGAACAACUGCAUUGUGUUUGGCGAGUAUCUUCAGGAAGCCUUGCCAGUUGACUUCGGGCCGGGUGCGCCCAAGGCGGCUGCCCUGGGACUGUUGACUUUCACCGCCGUUAUACAUGGCGUGUUUGCCCCCCUGGGGGUUAAGAUACAAAAUUGUCUAGGCUUUUUGAAAAUUGGUAUGAUGGUGCUUCUCAUGGGAAUCGCCCUUUUCGCCGUGGCUGGUGGACGACUCGACCGCGGAGAUCUGCCCCACCGGGGUAGCACCAAUAAAGAUAUUUGGCAAGGAUCGGACUGGCGAUGGCAUAGUACUUCGCAAGGUUUAUUGCGAGUCUACUACGCCUACGCAGGGGUUGACAACGCCAAUAUGGUUCUCAAUGAAGUGCGAGACCCCGUUGGCAUGCUACGUGUCGUCGUUCCUCUGGCUUUGGCGACAAUCUUUGCCGUCUACUUGCUAGUGAAUUUGGCUUUUUUUCUUGUUUUGCCGGUCGACAUUAUCAAGGGAAGUGGUGAGCUUGUUGGACAUGAGUUCUUUGUUCGACUAUUUGGCCCUGGGGAUGGGGCCAGAGUAUUCUCUUUGCUCAUUUCAUGUUGCAUAGCAGGCAAUGUCAUGGUGGGUGUCUUCAGCCUAGCGAGACAAAAUCAGGAAAUUGCACGUAGAGGGUUUUAUCCUCGUUUGUUCGCUUCUUCCCGUCCUUUCAAUGCGCCGCUCGGCGGAGUGAUAUUGAAUUUUAUUCCGGCAGGACUCAUUAUUCUUGCCGUCCCAUCGUCCCACGUCUAUUCCUUCAUGCUCGAUAUCGAAGGCUAUCCGGCUCAAAUUUCAGCCUUUGCCAUUGCUACAGGGUUGCUUUGGUUGCGCUGGACCCGCCCCCAGCUACCUCGACCUUUCAAAGCCUCUAUUCCUAUGGUUGUGGUGUAUCUCACAAUUUGCGCUUCACAAGUCAUCUCGCCAUUUUUGCCGUCAUCUACCACCUCGUCCGGUGUAUGGGAGGGGAAGUAUGCAUUGGUGGGGUUGGCAAUGUGGGCACUCCAGUUCCUUUAUCUUACGUCCAAUCUCCCAUUUGGUUGA